GGACGCACUUGAGAUGCCUCAGGAGAGUCAUUUUUGAUUGCUGGAAUAAAACGAAUUAUGUCGUAAUCUGUAUGACAAAAUUCUCCACGAAACCCCGAUUUUCGUGUCACUCUCUCGGCACCGGCUGCUUUAACCUUGGUCUUAUCAUGUCAUUGGCCUCGCGUCUCAUCCUCUGGUCCGUUCGGGACAGUUGGGCUCGAUCGCUCCAUGAAAUCCAGCUCGGAGACGGACAAACGAAGCGCGACGUCCGCGCACACCUUCACGAAGCCUUUCCAAAAGAGGGACCGUGGUCUCCCAGGAGAUGCACGCGUCAGUCACCGAUUGGCCGUACCGCAGGCUACCGACCCCAUUGGUAGGGAUAUCCUGCCGUCCUUCGACAAGAACGUGAUAACAUGAGCGGCAAUGAACGGGCAGUCCUUACGAUAUCAUCUGCUACUUCCACUUGUUUCUGAUGCUGCUUAGAGCUAUUGCCGUGGCUGCAGUCAAUCUGUUUCUCUGUCAGAAACAAUGAUUUCGAGAGACACCUGUCAAAUGAGACCAAC